GACAAUCUUCUCAAAACCCCUGAUUUAAAAUAAUUUAUAUUCCUGUUUUAUUGAAAUAAAGGCACUAGAGUAACCCUCCUCUGUGGCGCCGAGAGUUUUACGACUUGUAUCGCGACGCCUGUGGGUCGCGUGCCCAGCGAGUAAUCCGCGAUGUUCGUGUACGGAGACGAGAUGCAACGGCUGUGCGACUGGAACGCCGUGGACGUCCUGUUCGACGACGGCCAGCUGCAGCACGGCGCCGUCAUCAACGUGGCGCCGGGCGGCCUGAUCGUCGAUUUCCGCUGUGCGGGACAGCGCGCGCAGUUCAUCGAGUACGGGCGCAUUUUCUGCUGCAGUUCCAAGCAGAGAUGGAGCCCGCAACGGGACGGCGAGCCGUUGCAGGUGCUGCUGCGGCGCCCGGCGGACGGCGCCUGGGUGUGGUAUGCCGGGCAGUCGGUGGCCAUGGGAUCGAUCGGUUGUGGCUAUGUGGAAGGCGUGCAAGUGCAACUCCCUAUGGGACCGUCAAGGAACUGGUUCCCGACGGACAAGUACGCGCACCGCCCACGGACGCCGGGCUCCAGGAGCGGCGGGUGAAGAAGGAUGAUUUUGUGGUUCGGCGCUGUGCGUUGCCGGCGGGCUACUGGUCGGAGGCGUCCGCCGCGGUCCGGGAGAUCUUCCAGUACGAAGUCAACCAGCGCUUCCACGUGCAGUGCACCGCGGUGCUCAGCAAGACGCUGCGCUAUCUCCAGUGGAAAUCUGAAACGCGAGUAACGGCUCAACAAGUGGAGGACGAGUAUAAGAACACCGUGAAGCACAACGACGAGCUGGGUCGCACCACCAUAACCUGGAAAUGGUUGCUGCGCCAGCAGGAGGCCGAGAGCGCUCCGCAGCGAAAACGAAAGAUUCCCGGCAGCCAGCCCGGGAGUCUGCCGCUGCCGGUGGAGCUACUGCUGGAGGUCUUCCGCGCCCUGGACUCCAUCGGGCGCUUCCGGUGUCGGCGGGUGUGUGACGUGUGGAACGCUCUCCUCACCACCGACGCCUACUUCCCCGAGGUGCGCGUCUCCAACACGCCAGCGGAUUACGACGGGGUGCUACAUUACGAUCAUUCACUGUACUGGAUAACUGUCUCUGUGCUGAAAAGUUUCAAUAGCGCCACGAAAAUAGCGGUGUUCACGGGCAUCGAGCUGUACGAAUUCUCCGAAUUGACCAACCUGAUUUGGGGCAUGUUCCAACGUGCGGGCAACUUGUCAGUGGUGGUGUUGUACAAGUGCAAUUUCAGCGAAGAGCACGGCUAUGUGGACAGUGCUGUCCACUGCAUGGCUCAACAGGUCGUGCCGGAUGGGUCGCGCGGCCGCAUCCUGUGGCGACAGUGUCGCUUGGGGGAUGAGAACAUUACAGCGGCGAUCGCGCACCAUGCCGUCCGCGGCCAGACGGAAGGGGAGCGCCAGGAGGAGCUGUGGGAGCUGGUGGAGCAGAAUCUCGUCCUGAAGAAACCGCUGUACCGGACGGCACUGGCGGCUUGGGUUGCCGACUGCGUUGCGCAGCAGCGAACCAAGGACAUCAAGUGGAUUAUCGAGGUCAUGCGCCGCUACCAGUGGCUGGACCCGCGCAAGUCCACUACCUACCGCAACCGGAAGUGGACGUCGGCUACUCUGGGCAGUCUGGACGUCAGCAAGGUGACCACGCUGACGGCGGCGGUGCUGAGCGAAAGCAUGGAUCGCUCGGAUGAAUGAUUCGGCUGUUAAUAACAAUCCAAAUAUGACGGUUUCCUCGUACUGCGUUGCAGUCGUUGUAUAAAUCUAGUUUUAUUCGGCAUCAGUCAGCACACAUAUCAAUUCGCCUGCGCAGAUUUAACAAAUUUACACAUUAGAAAUCCAUCCGAAAUCUCUGUUGUCAUUCGUGAUGUAAGGAGUGUAUUGUACUGAGCCUGUUUUUAGCGGAACCUUUUAGAAAGUCGUCAUUAACAGCCAACCAAUAA